CAGCACCAGCACCACCGCCAGUCCGCGCAUCACCACCCACAUCGCCGUCGACAGACAUCCCGAGACGACCAAUUGCACCCGCUCACGCCGCAGCCAUGUCCGACGCUCCCUCCCAGCCUAUUGCGCCCAUCCCGCGCACUACCCGCCCCAUGAGCGAAGCUCUCCUCAAUGAAAAGUGGGACCGCUGCCUCUCCUCGAUGCUCAUCCGCUCUGGUCUUGGUCUGUCGUUCGGUAUCGUCUUCUCUGUCCUCCUCUUCAAGCGCCGCGCGUGGCCCGCAACAGUUGGUCUUGGUUUCGGUGCUGGACGUGCAUGGGAGGAGUGCGAUAACUCUUUCAAGCGCACAGCUUCGCCUGCCAAGGAUGGUCUCCGCGUCGUCAGGCCGUAGGCGAACGAAGUCACUGCAGUCGAGCGAGAUUCUUUCAGCAUAAUAUGGUUUUGGUACACGAAAAGCGCGCUGUACAGUAGGGCACGGUAUAGAGAGUCUUGGAAUUGAACGCUGUAUAUCUGGC